CUUUAUAGGGGUUAAUUAUCAUAAUAACAAUUCAUAAAAAAAUAUUUACUAUCUACGUUCUCCCAGGACUACCCUGUGGAACUCUUUACUUCAAUACUUUGCACUUUUGUGUGGUGUAGCCUUGUAAGCUGUAGCAGAUUAUAUCUUGGAAUGCAUAGUAUAGCAGAUGUAUUAGCUGGUCUGCUACUUUCCGCACUCCUUUUACCUGUACUGAUGUAUACAGCUCUGUACCUGGAUUUCUGGCUGGUCAGCUCGCCACUCAGUGCGCCGGUCACUCUUUUCCUGUCAUUUCUAGCAAUCUGGAUUUAUCCUUCCUCUGGCAGAUGGACCCCAGCACGUGGUGAGACUACCGCCAUCUUGGGAAGUUAUAUUGGGGCCCAGAUGGGAUUCUGGUUACUGGUCCAGCUUGGAUAUCUUACUACUGGUGGUAUGAAAGAAGCAUUUGUCUGGGAUCGAUGGAAUUUAGCUCACAUUGUCAUCAGAAGCGUCAUUGGCGGAAUAGUUGGUGGGAUUGCUAAAACCGGUUCUAAACCAGUUUGGAUCCGGUUUUCCUGCUACCUGGCCGGUAUUGACCACAGACGAUAUGAGAAUAGUAGAAACCUGUUUGUUGAAUUAUUCUAUAAGUUCUGGAGCUACGCAACCCUAGGGAUGAUGGUUGUCUCUGUCUCUCCUCUCAUCUUCUCCAUCCUUGGCAUUCAACGGGAAUCCUUCCUAUCAGAGCUCACACCCUGAUAUAUCAAUCUCUAAAGAUUAAAGGUUGUGUGUGCUAAAUUAUUCAAGUGGAAAACGUCUAAAUGUAAUUUUCACUUUAAGUUGGGGCUUUUUUAUAUUUCUAUUGUUGAAAACGCAUGGUGCUCUACAUUUAUAGUUUUUCACUGAUCAAUGAUCAAUAUUUAGCAUACCAAAUAGUUUUUAGUAGAAUUUCUUAAAUAUUCAUCUAAAAAAGUCAACAUGAUAAUUUUUCUUUGCACUUUGCCUUUUAAAUGUCUGAACAGCUAACGUAUAACCAAAUAUAUGAACACUGAACAUUGAACAAAUGUAAAAGCAAAUAUAUGAACACUGAACAGUGAACAAAUGUUUAACUAACGAAGGCGGUACGCGUACUGAAUUUUCCUUAAAAUCCACUAUGAAUGAGGUAUUUUGGCAUCUAUUUAUGAACAUUUCUUUACUUUAAAAUGGCGCAAACAUUUGAUAUUUUUACUAAAUGAAUGUUACUAAAUCAAUAAUCA